UUGCAAUUCUUCGCUAGGCACCUAGCAGUGGUGUCAAUUGAAUUCAUGGUUUAUCAAUCCAAAAAGACAUACACCUGUUAAAGAGCUUAUAACUUUUUUGUCUAAAAAGAUACGAAGUUGUGAUAUUCGACAAAGUUGUUCAGCGGAAAAUUUCCUGUAAGAAAUUUAUAAAUUGGCACAAAAACCAUUAGUAGGCUCGGUUUCACAGAAGAAACAAAAAUGAUGUUGAUUUUUUAGAACAAAAUAUUCAAUUUCCCCAUACAAACCUAAAAGUUCAAAUUUACUCAUGUAAAUGUUACUUAAAAAUUCUGCAAAAAAUCAUGGAUGAGUUUUGGACCAAAACGGAGCUUUUAAGACCCCAGGGUUUGAGAAAUUCAAAAAUGACCCCAAAUCGACUCAGUCUACUGCGGCAUAUUAGGGUGGAAUGGGACUACCGGGUCAGCUUGUCUUUUAUAAAACACGACCGAUAAGCAUUUGGGGGUCAGGCAUUGAUUCUAAUAUCGAUGCUUAUUGCUGGGCUGAAAAAAAUUGAUAUCAUGCAUGGAAUCCCGUGCGUGGUGUCAUUUUGAAGACGCGUUCACUCCUAGUUUGUCGAAUCUGUCAGUAGCAAUUUCCUUAUCUUAGCUGAUGCCAUUUUUCUCUCAAAGUGGGUGUAGGUUUUUCCAACUGAACAAUGUACAUCAGAAUUUGCACGUGAAAAACCGACCAAGCUGAAUGCAUUGCUCGCUUCGGAAUUUUCGAUAUGUUCGUCACAAUCAGAUAAUGACAUUCAUUUUAUUGCUGGUUCAACGAAACGAUUUUAUCGGCAAAAAAAAGUGCUAGGUCUCUGCUCCUUUGCGAGCCUUUGCACAACCGGCGUGAAGAUAAUGCGGCUGCAUCACUUUUCCAAGGACAUUCGCACGAUGCUGGAACAGAUGGAAACUCAUCAUUUUCUGAAGGAAAUAAAAUUCCUUAAAUCCAAUGACAACAGGGACGCAUUUCAACGAAUUGAUCGUUCGGUGAAGGCAAAGUGGAAAGAGGUGAACCUGAAUUUGCGACUGUACAGCUUUUCGGUGGCAAUAGUAGCUGCCAGCUAUUCGAUUGUUCCGGCGGUGAUUAAUCUGGUCAAUCUGAUUCAAGCAAAUGACGUUCCGAAGCGAUUUGUUUACAAAACAUAUUACCCCUACAUGGAACAGUUGAAAAAUACUAGUCCUCUACAUGAGCUGUUUUUCUGUUCGGAAUCACUAUCGGGAUUCACGACAUUUGCGGGAGUUAUCGCCUUCGAUGGUUUGUAUGUUUUGCUGACGAUGCAUUUGGUUACGCUUUUCAGAACUUUGAACGACAUCGUGAAGGAAACUACCAAUGAAAGCUUAACUGAAGAUCAGAAACUUUUUUUGCUGAGAGAAUGCAUUCUUCAUCAUACAAGGGCAUUGGAUUUUCUCAAACGGAUCAACCGAAUAUUUUCGCCCAUUCUUCUGAUGCAAGUUUUUACAAGCACCUCGAUCAUAUGUGUUAUUGCGUUCCACGUUAAGGCGAGCGGCAACGAUUCGCAAAUCCUGGUCAUGAUACUCUACCUGAUAGCGGCCUUAUACCAAUUGCUCCAGUUCUGUUGGUACGGACAAAGAGUCCAAAAUGAGAGCUUACAGCUUCCGAAAUCUGUUUACGAAUGCUACUGGUAUCGGUGUGCUCGGAAGUUCAAAUCAACGCUGAAUAUCGUGCUUUUGGAUGUGCAGAAAACCGUUGAUAUCAGCGCCUAUGGAUUGUUUGUGAUGUCGUUGGAAACUUAUCUGACUAUUGUCCGGACAGCUGCAUCAUACUUCACUGCACUUCAAACACUCACCGAAGAAUAAUCUGUGUAACAUAAAAUGUCAAAACUCUACAACUCACGUAUAAAGCAGCAAGAUUUAAUAGAGAUAGUAAACUAUCAGCCGAG